AUGACUCGAAUCACCGCCACAGAGGGAAACGAUAUUUUCUGGAUAUUUGAAGACGGAACAUCUAAUGAAUUCUUCAAUUGGAUAUGGACGUCGUCGCCGUUAGGACGUCUUCGUGUUCUGAUUGAGAGUGUCGUUAAAGCGCGGAGUUUCAAAACAAAAUAUCACAUAGAUGUCGAUUUUGAAGUACCUAAAAAGAUUCCCUGGUACUAUGCACCAUUGUUUGCAUCUUUUUGGCUGGCGCUGUAUUUGGCCAUAGUAGUUACACAAAUAAAUCAUCUACCAGAUGCACUUAAUCGCAAAGAUGAAGCCAACCAUCCGGAGGCAUUCAUAUCGGAACGUGCCGAAAUGCAGCUCAUUAAUUUAUCUCGCAUCGGUCCUAGGGUGGUGGGCAGCGCGGCUAACGAAGUGACAGCCGUCGAGUUUCUUACGCAACAAAUCGAGGACGUUAAACUCCAGGCCAGCGAUUACUUUCAGUUCGAGUUAGAUGUACAAUUGGCCACCGGCAGCUACAUGCACUGGUCCAUGGUUAAUAUGUACCAGAAUAUACAGAAUGUGGUGGUGAAGCUGAGUGCCAAGAAUUCGACAAGUGAAAACUAUCUGCUUAUUAACAGUCAUUAUGACAGUGUGCCCGGCAGUCCGGGCGCGGGCGAUGCCGGUUCUAUGGUGGUUGUAAUGUUAGAGGUAAUGAGGGUAAUCUCCAAAUCACAGGGACCACUUGAGCACCCAAUUAUCUUUCUAUUCAACGGAGCUGAAGAGAAUCCUCUCCAAGCGUCGCACGCAUUUAUCACUCAACACAAAUGGGCCAAGAACUGCAAAGCACUUAUAAAUCUAGAUGCGGCUGGCAAUGGUGGGCGUGAAGUUUUGUUCCAAUCGGGCCCGGAAAAUCCCUGGCUAAUGCGUUAUUACCGUGAUGUACCACAUCCCUUUGCCACAUCAAUGGGCGAGGAAAUUUUUCAAGCCGGAAUUAUCCCGUCCGAUACCGAUUUCCGUAUUUUUCGUGAUUAUGGCGGCGUACCUGGUUUCGAUAUGGCCUACAUUUUUAACGGGUAUGUCUAUCACACUGAAUACGAUCGAGUCAAUAUCGUCUCCAAGCAGUCGCUUCAGAACACUGGCGAUAACGUGCUUGCACUGGCCAAAGGAGUGGCUAAUGCUCCUGAAAUGCGCAAUCCCCAGGAACAUGCCGAAGGUCACGUCAUAUUUUAUGAUUUUCUUGGAUGGUUCAUGGUUUUCUAUACUAAAAACACCGGAGUCAUUAUUAAUGUCGUGGUUUGUAUCGUGGCCCUAUUGGCCAUUGCAGUUUCCUUGUUCUUCAUGACUGCCCGAUCUGGGUUAACCUGGAAAGCUGUUAUUAGUCGCUAUCUUACGAUCUUUGCCAUACAAAUAGUAUCACUUGCUCUAGCUGCCGGAUUAACGAUGUUAGUUGCCACCUUCAUGGAUGGUGUCGGGAGGCCCAUGACUUGGUUUUCCGAAACGUGGCUGCUGAUAGGUCUCUUCUUUUGUCCCAUGUUCUUCGGUAUGGGAAUAUUGCCGGCCUACUACCUCGAGAAAACGAAAAAGGACAAACUCAGUUUGGGCUUCCGGAUCCAGCUCUUUAUGCAUUCCCAUUGCUUGUUCUUGAUUAUACUAACAAUCGUCAUGACCGCCAUUGGCUUGCGCUCGUCCUUUAUGUGCAUGAUGGCGGUGCUGUUCGACAUUACUGCCCUGAUUAUAAAUCUCAUUACGAAAUGGCACAGGAAGGCGUACUGGUUUGCGAUCGCGGCCAUGGUUUGCCAAAUUUUACCAUUCCUGUAUUACACGUCCAUAGCCCAUGCAACAUACAUGACUAUGUUGCCGAUGACGGGCCGGUCUGGCUCUGCUUCUAAUCCCGAUGUCUUAAUGGCAGGCAUAGCAGUGUUUAUGACGAUUUUAUUUGCUGGCUUCAUUAUGCCACUCUUCUUAUUCUUCCAUAAAACACGUACCAUCAUCUACUCCUUCCUGGCAAUUACAAUUUUGUUCAUCAUAAUCGCAGUCACCCCUGCCGGUUUUCCAUAUAAGGCGAAAACGGCUACCCAACGAUAUUCCCUAAUCCAUGCCGAACGAACGCUACACAAUGCAGACGGCUCCAUUCGUCUCCAAGAGUCAGGCAUCUAUGUCUAUCCACAAGAUCGCAGAAUCAACAGUGUCGAUGAGUACAUAAAGAUUAUUGGCGAGAAGCAUAAGAUCAGCGAGUACUGCGAUGUGGAAAUGUUCUGUGGCAUGCCCCUGUACAACCAUCGUUGGCACAAGGCUAGAGAGCGCAGUUUCUGGAUACCUAUAGAGGAGAAGCCCAAUUUACCGGGUGCUAAGCCCGCAUUAACCCUUAUGAACGUGUACCCCUUGGAUAGCAGCAGCCGGAAGCGUUAUGAGUUUAAGUUGGUUGGACCCGAUCACAUGACAAUCUUCAUAGGACUUCAAGGUGAAGCGAAAAUCACUGAUUGGUCCUUCAAUGACACUAUGAUACGAGACGCAUGGGAACAGCCCUACUUUAUAUAUUUUUCUUAUGGCAAAGAUGAGCUGGGUUCCCUAGAUUUCACUAUCGAUGUAGAGAAAUCCGAUGGAAAUUUCAACGUACCUGUAUUGGAAAUUGGCGUUGGUGGUCACUGGAUUCAUCAAGAUAAGGUUCGCACCCCCAAAUAUCAGCAGUUUGUCGAAAGUUUUCCCGACUAUGCAAGUGUAAAUGAUUGGACGGCCUCCUAUGAAAGUUACCUCUUCUAA